AUGCAGAAGACCCCGUUCCUCGUGGCUUUUGUUCUUGUCAUCACCGGCUCCGCUAUCUUCGCUGCGGGCCAACCCGGCGGCCAAGGCACAAAGGAGGAGAACCAAGUUCUCAAGGCCUUCAACGAAACGGACUUCUACGUCUACGAGGCCAACCACUGA